AUGCCUACCUCCUACUCUACAAAGUCCUUGCUCCUCUCCCUUGCGAGCCUCCUCGCUCUCACUACCGCCGACCAAGGCUAUUCCCCAAGCGGCAGCCCAGGUGGCAGCAAUGGGGAGUUCUGCGUCCCCUUCAAAUUCAAGUCGAACAACCCCGAUUGGCAAUUUGAGCGACGCGGUCUUUGUGAAGGCACCACGAACGGCAAACUCGGCCAAGACAACGCAGACUGCUGCUUCAAGGGCUCCGGCGCAAUGUUUGUCUCUCCUAUAUCCCGCGGCCUAGGCGAUGGCACGUACGGCAACACCAUCAUCGAAUGCACAAUCGCCCCGAAUGCACAAGGCCAGUCCGUGUGCGACAUCAGCCUCGUCGAUGGUUUCAGUCUUGCAGUCCAAUGCGGCGAAUUCCCCUCUGGCGACCCUUCAGGCAAGGGAACGCCAGAAGCCUACAUCGGCGGCAAACUCGACCUGUCAGACUUGCACACUUGCAAGACGCCCUGCCAGCAGGGUCAGGACUGCACGAGUUGUCUAAACAACGGGCACGGAAGCGCUAUCGAUCAAUUCUUCACGGACACCAAAGGAGGCAAUUAUUGGUAUCAGGACAAUACGGCGGGGAAGAGCACGUUCAUUGGCUUGCCGAAGAAGGGGUAUGUGGAGUGCACUAUUGGGCCCCAGGAAGACAACCAGGGCGUCACGGGUGGCAAUGGGAAUCAGUACAACAACCCUGGGACGUACACGUCGAAUGCGCAGGUGCAAAAAAGGGAGGGACAUCGACAUGAGCAUAAGAGGGGGAUUCAUGCGAGGAGGUUGCACAAUCUUUUGGGUGUGGCUGGGGGGCGAAGCAUGGUGUUUAGGACAGGAUCUGGGACCUUUGGAUAG